AUGGCACUACACAUUACCAGCACCACGGAAGGCCAGCUGCAAGUACACUUAACCACCAAGCAGAAACAGUAUGCCGUGCCGGAUGUUCCAUAUUCGAUUCGCGCCAACGUAGCAUGCACAGAGCUAAAUGUGUUGCUCAGCACAUUGCUGAAGGAUUCGGGCAAAGAUGCCCGGAAAGUGCAGUUCGAUUUCCUUUUAGAUGGAGAGUUCUUGAAAACUUCGCUAUCGCAGCAUUUGAAGGAACGGGAUAUUUCGUUCGAAGAUGCGAUCGAGCUCGAGUACGUUGAACGAUAUCCUGCUCCCGAACCACAGGAUUGUCUGCUGCAUGACGAUUGGGUAUCGGCGGUCCAAGCAAAGGAUGGUUGGAUCCUUACCGGAACCUACGACAACACUGUAAAUCUGUGGAAUACUAAGGGCAAACACAAACUAACCAUUCCCGGUCACGUUGCACCGGUGAAGGGAGUGGCAUGGAUUUCCUUGAACGAACAGAAGGGUGUGUUUGCUAGUGCCAGCCACGAUCAAACCGUCAUGAUCUGGGAGUGGAACGUAACGGCCAACUCCGUGGAGUGUGUGCAUGUAUGCAAAGGACACGAACGUGGCGUUGGCUGCAUUGCGGUCAAUCCGUCCAAGUCGCAAAUGGCAUCUGGUAGUAUGGACACGAUGCUAAAAAUUUGGUCCACAGAGCUGCGCAAUGACAAGGGAGAACCGUCCGCCACGAAGAAGGCAAAGCUGGAGCAAGAUAAUGUCCGUACGCCGGUCAUCACUCUAGCUGGCCAUCGAGAGUUUGUGUCCGGUGUGCAGUGGAUCGACAAUACGACGGUUGCCACUUGCUCCUGGGAUCACACGAUCAAGCUGUGGGAUCUCACACUCGGCGGCAUCAAGACGGAAUAUACCGGUAACAAGUCGUUCUUUGAUCUGAGCUACUCUCCCUUGAAUGGAAUGAUUAUCACCGCAUCUCCGGACAAAAAUCUUCGUCUGUAUGAUCCCCGAUCGAAGCAUGGUAAUUUUGUAAAGAACACCUACUUCGGACACUCACAGUGGGUACAGACGUGCCGCUGGUCAACGACCAACGAGUAUCUGUUCGUUUCCGGCGCUUACGAUAACCGCGUCAAGCUGUGGGACUAUCGCUCUCCAAAGGCUCCGAUCUUCGAUCUGAUCGGCCACGAGGAUAAGGUGCUGGCGUGCGAUUGGUCUAAUCCAAAGUACAUCCUUUCCGGUGGAUCGGACAAUGCGCUGCGUGUUUUCAAAUCAAAAAUAGCUGUUAACAACGCCGACGAUUGA